CUCUCGUCAAUAGAGCAUUCCCUUGGUUCUCGGUAGUCGGGGUAGUCGGUAAAGGAGUAUUCCCAGCAAUUUUUUUGGUACCUGUCAAAAUUAACAGUGUGGACAGCCACUUCACCCCAAUAGUAAAAAGCGGAUGCUUGAUGUUCAUGGUUGGUCUUGGUAGUUAUCUAAACAGUAAACAUUUCACAAGUAUUUACCAAAUUCAACAAUUUUCGAGCAAAAAUACAAACUUUAAUUCGCUAUCGGAAUGGAUGAUGACGCCGAAACAUAUAAAUUAUGGCGUAUACGCAAAACUGUAAUGCAGUUGAGCCAUGACAGAGGUUAUCUUGUAACGCAGGAUGAGUUGGAUCAGACGCUGGAACAGUUCAAAGAGCAAUUUGGAGAUAAACCUAGUGAAAAGCGCCCAGCUCGCUCCGAUUUAAUCGUUUUAGUAGCACAUAAUGACGACCCCACCGAUCAGAUGUUUGUAUUUUUUCCGGAUGAGCCAAAAAUCGGUAUAAAAACUAUUAAAACAUAUUGUACAAGGAUGCAGGAAGAAAACAUCCAUCGUGCUAUCGUCGUAGUACAAGCCGGAAUGACUCCGUCAGCAAAACAAUCAUUAGUGGACAUGGCCCCAAAGUAUAUUUUAGAACAGUUUCUUGAGUCUGAGUUGUUGAUCAACAUUACAGAACAUGAGUUAGUUCCAGAGCAUGUAGUUAUGACUCCGGAAGAGAAGCAAGAAUUGCUAGCUCGGUACAAACUAAAAGAAAACAUGUUAAUGCGAAUUCAGGCAGGUGAUCCAGUGGCUAGAUAUUUUGGACUAAAACGUGGCCAAGUGGUUAAAAUAAUACGACCAUCGGAAACGGCUGGACGUUAUAUCUCCUACAGAUUAGUUUGUUGAAAGUGUGUGAUUCUGACAUAAAUAAUG